CUUGCUCCCCCUUCUUCCUCCUUUCUCCACCUCUCCCCCCCGACACCCAUCCAUCCAUCCGUCCGUCCGUCCUGCCACGCGUCCGUUGUUCCCGCAGCUGUUGCGGAAGCGCCACAUCGGGAACGACAUCGUCACCAUCGUGUUCCAGGAGCCGGGCGCGCUGCCCUUCACCCCGCAGGGCGUCCGCUCGCACUUCCAGCACGUCUUCAUCGUGGUGCGGGCGCACGAGCCCUGCACAGACCUGGUCAGAUACAGCGUUGCCGUCACCCGCUCCAAGGACGUCCCCCCCUUCGGCCCCCCCAUCCCCAGCGGGAUUCCCUUCCGCAAAUCCGACGCUUUCCGGGAUUUUCUCCUGGCCAAAGCCAUCAACGCGGAAAACGCCGCUCACAAGUCGGACAAAUUCCAUGCCAUGGCCACGCGGACGCGGCGCGAAUACCUGCAGGACCUGGCGGAGAAUUUUGUCACCAACACCCCCAUCGACUCGGCUGGGAAAUUCAACCUCAUCUCUUUGGGGUCUAAAAAGAAAGAGAAGAGCAAAGCCAGGGUGGGAGUGGAGCUGCGCAGCGCGGGGGCCAUCGCCUGGCGCGUCUCGGCGCAGGAUUUUGCCCGCGGGGAGGAAAUUUCCUGCAUCCUGGGGGUCUCCAACGAGUUCGUGGUGCUGUUGGAUUUGGGGGCCAAGGAGGUGGUCUUCAACUGCUUCUGCGGGGACGUCAUCGGGUGGACGGCUGACGGGGCCAACCUGAAGCUCUUCUACGGGCGGGGGGAUCACGUCUGCCUCCGAGCGGCCGAGGGGGGGCCGGACGACGUCAGGGAGAUCGUGCAGAGGUUGAAGGUGACGACGCCGGGCUGCGACACGGUGGACAUGACGCUGCGACGCAACGGGCUGGGCCAGCUGGGCUUCCACGUGAAGUACGACGGGACGGUGGCCGAGGUGGAGGAGUACGGCUUCGCCUGGCAGGCGGGGCUGCGGCAGGGCAGCCGCCUGGUGGAGAUCUGCAAGGUGGCCGUGGUGACGCUGAGCCACGAGCAGAUGAUCGACCUGCUGCGCACCUCCGUCACCGUCAAGGUGGUCAUCGUGCCCCCUCACGAUGACGGGGCGCCGCGCAGGUAGCGAACAUGGCGGCACCGC